UUUGGUGUAUUUCACAGCUAUGGAAGAAAAGAAAUGUAAGAUGAAUAUUCAGCUAAAAAUAUAGGUACCUAGACUAAAUGCAAUGAAAACUCUCUCUACCUUACCUUAUUUCCUUGGGUUCCUCUUCUGCUUAAGAUACCAAAAAGAGAUGCAAAAUAUCAGGUUCAGACCUGUUCUGUGACCUGUGGUAGAUUAUGUCAUCUCUUUGCUGCAACUGCCCCGAUGAAAUAUGAAUAAAACUUCUCACAGGGGUAGUGAAUCUGAACUUGAAAUGGAAGUGUCAAAGAACAGUUUAUGUAAGUUAGUGUCACAAACUGGCUUUGUAAGCCCGUGGUGCAGUGUCUCCAUUUUCAUUAUCAAUUGCAUUACCGGUUUCUGAAAAAAUGUAGGGUUCAUUUUGCAGAAUAUCUUUUGUGUUUUGCCAAUUAAAUCCUGCAAAACUCAGAGGAAUGCUGUUGGGGGGGGUGGUUUUGUUUUUUCUUGUUAAAGAGCUAAAAUGAGUAUUUGGAAGCAGCAUUGCUAAGGCUGACUGUAUGGCCUUAGGGGCUGGGUACUUGGAUGGCUGAUGUUGCAGGUUGCCUAAUCUCAUGAUUACUUAGGACAGUUGUGUAGUAAAAUGUCUGUGGUGCAAAGCAACAUGCUUCGCUGGUUUAUUUAUGCAGGCUUUUUACUGAAAACAGAACAAUUUCCUAGCUCAACUACCUGCCUGUCGUUAUCUAAGUUCUUUGCAGUGGUUGUCGAUAUGUCAUCUUGUUGAAUUUGAAACCUUAUUUUGUGUUAUCUUGUAGACUUUGGUUGGUUGCAGAAGACCUUCACAAAUGGCAAUGUUUUUGGUUUGGUUUGAAGGGUUUAAACAUUCCAGUUCUUUACACUGGAAACAAGCAUAUGUCUUACGAUGCCUGAAACUAUUGAAACUACCUGAGGACUGAGAUGCAUUAUUAUUAGCUUAGCUCUUGAAGUUGUUUCCAGUUUUGCAUUGUCUAUUCAAUUAAGAAAUUACAGAACAAAAAAUGUAAUAUAUAACAGGAGGAGUGUAUCGUUGAAAAUAAAUAGUGUUUCACAAGAUCAUAAACCUGCAAUAUUGAGGCAUCAUCUAGCAGCUUUUACUUGUGAUUCUGAAUUCAGUUUUUUUUUCCUUUAAUCUAAUUCUCUCUAAUUGCUUUGAGACCCUGAACCCAAUGUAUAUGUCUCAUUUUGGGAUAAAAAUGUAUUGGAAAAACAGGCAUCAAAUAACGAGAGGGGCUGAAAAAUAAUACAUCUUUUUAUUUGGUCUCUACCUGCCUGUCUUUAGGACUUUUAGAUGACAUUUGGUUUACUUUUUUUUUUUUCCUGAGCUUCUGGCAGAGUAUUGUUUCUUCUUUAUAUCACAAGUCUCAGAAUUAGAAUGAGCAUCUAUGUCGUGUGCUAUAUAGUGUAGUCACUUCUAAUGCAGUGGUCAGAUGUUUACGUCAUAGAUUUGUUUGGCCUAUUUUGUCACAAACUAUUUUAUAAAUAGGUAUAUAUGCUUUUGAUAUUCUUUACUAAUAUCCUAAUGCUGGCCUGUUUCUGGGACUAAUAUUUAGUCCAACAUGUAUGGGUAACUAGCUUUUGGCAGCUUAUAUCUCUCUCCCUCAUUUGAACAGACAGUUUGAAAUGUGAUUUGAGCUUCAGGCCAUGUAAUUUCUUGAAUUGUUUAUAAAAUCCGGGAACUAGUCAUUUGGGAACCUGUACAAUAUUCUGUAGCGGUCAAAAUAAGCUUUUGAAAGGAGCCAUUUACAGCCGUCAGAAGAAUCUCAACAUGUGAUGUUUUGCUACAUCUCUCAUUCAUUUUGAAUGCUCAGAAAAGCAUUCUCCUUUCAGAAGUUAGUAACUAGAAAAAUAGUUGAGAAGGCAUGGUUGCUUUCAGUCUUUGCCUUGAGCUUUCUGUUGAAUCUCUACAAUAAAGGGAGACUCAUGUGUACAGUUAAGCACACUGCAUCAGAAACCUUUAUCUUUUUAAGAAAAGGGGGAGAGUAAGAAAAAAAACAUGAAAAGGGUAUUUUAAAGAAACCAUUCACAUUUCUUAUCCUUUUGCUUUGACAACAUCAAUAUUAAUGAAUCCUUCCUGCCCCAAUAUAGUUAGCAUUUCCUAAGUAUUUUAUAGUUACUGUAAGCUGACAUUUAUUUUUCUUCUCAUGAAAAUAUAAACGUGCUUCCUCCUGACAAAGCAGUUAGGUUUUUGUGUAUGUUGUAUGCCUGUGGGCACACAAAUAUCUUUAGUGGCUGUUGUUUGCUUCAAUCAUGCUUUUAAAUUCUGGCAAAUCUCUUAUUUUGACAAUUGAAGAAGUCAAACCAUUCAGUUAUACUGUGGAUGACACAUCAUCACUGUUGGCUGCAGAUCCUAUCAGUUUCUCUUAAUAAAUUACUGAUUGUUGCAUGUGUAUUCUUUGUGAACCAAACGAGAGUAGAAGAGCUACAAGAAUUGCCUUAUGCUCUCUUCUCUAUACAGACCUAAUUCCUUACUCAAACAGACAGUUCAUACAAAUAGUUUCUUUGAAUGAAGGCUAAAGAAGUAGCAUAUCCUUUAGUCCAUAGAAGUCAGGGGAAAGGUCCUAUUUUACCGUAAACAUUUCACCCAAACUGAUAAUAUUCUUAACACAUUUAUAAUAUUGUGAACACUUUCAUAGUGUUAUUGAUCAUCGUAUUUAAAUCUGUAAUUAACAAACUGUUUUUUCAAAUGGUCCUGUACGAGUAUAUUUUACACCUCAAAAUAUAAUGCAGUUCACUGACAAGUCCUAUGCUAUUUUUCGUAUUUCAUAAUUGUAAGUAAAUUUGUAAUUAACACUGAAAAUUAUUUUACCUAUAAGUUUGAUAGGAAAAAGCUUAAAUUAUUUGCUGUUCUGGAUUUAAGUAAUCUAACUCAUCUUGUUUCUGCUUUUAAUUGUCUAUGUUAAUGCUGUGCAUUGUCAAUUCCAACUAAAUUUGCCUUCACAUAUAGCUAAUGAAUUGGUUUAAUUGUAUGUAGAAGCACUGUGCAGAUAAAUCAGUAUAUACCUCAUUAGUGUCCACUGUGGGUUCUGUAGACUUGAUGUCUGAAGCUAUAGUAAAUAACUACAAGUGCUCUGGGGAACUUUAUUCUCUUGUUGUUUUGUCAUUUUUGAUACAAGUUUAAUGCUAAGAGUGUGUGGUGGACUUAGAAAUGUUGAUAUACUUCUGUGAAAUCUUUUGUAGAUCCAGAGAGGGCUUGUUAUCUACGUAUGCUUCUUCAAAGGUGCUGAUGAGGAUCUUGUUCCAAAAAUUGAAGAUGCUGCUGGAAACAAAACAGCUGGAUCGUAGGUCCUGCAGAUUCUGGCCAAAUCCUGAAAUAUCCUGAGUAAUACCACUUUUCACUGACCUUACAGGAGUUGCAGGAAAUUGUGUUCUUGACAUCCUUUAUCCGAGAGGACCUGACGGGCAGAGAGUAUUUUUACAAUGGGGAGAAAUUAUCCAUUAAGUGUUCAAACUUGCGAUCCAGUCACCAUAUAUUAAUGAGGAAGAAAACCUGACUGAUUAACACAGUUCUGUGUUUUUUAUCCUCUGGUGCUUGAGGAGUGAUAGGGAAAUUCCCAAGGAAUGGAGUUAGCUCACAGUUUACUACUUAAUGAAGAAGCAUAUAACCAGCUUGGUGAAUUUCAAAAAGCAGAGUUCAUUUUUGAAUGGUUACAGUUUUUGGAAAAACUUUUACCAGUGACUAACAGAGCUGAUAUAAGGGAAAAUCAAAAGAAACUGGUGGAACAAUUGACUUCUUUAUUAAACAAUGCGCCAGGGCCUCCUACCAGACGACUUGUUGCCAAGAAUUUAGCGGUACUUUAUAGCACUGGAGACGCUUUUUCUGUUUACCAAACAAUCGACAAAUGCAAUGAGCUCAUUCGGAGUAAAGAUGAUUCACCAAGUUAUCUGCCUACAAAACUUGCUGCAGUGGUAUGCUUGGGCUAUUUAUACAAAAAAUUGGGAAGAAUUUUGGGAAACAGUUUUACUGACACCGUUGGGAAUGUGCUUAAAGCAAUGAAGAAUGCAGAGUCUCAAGGGCGUUACGAAAUCAUGCUUAGUUUACAAAAUAUAUUAAAUGGUUUAGGAGCUGCUGCUAUCCCAUGUCACCGAGAUAUUUACAAAGCUGCCCGGUCAUGUUUGACAGAUCGAUCCAUGGCAGUCCGCUGUGCUGCUGCAAAGUGUCUUCUUGAACUUCAGAAUGAAGCAGUUUUUAUGUGGAGCACAGACCUAGAUAGUGUUGUCACCCUGUGUUUUAAAUCCUUUGAAGGUUCCAAUUACGAUGUACGGUUAGCAGUUUCAAAACUUUUAGGCACAGUAUUGGCUAGAGCUGUAACAUCUAAACAGACAACAGCCUCCACUAGGCAAAACUUUCGCAGAAUCUCUCUAGAAGAAGCCAUGGAGCUAUUAGGAACUGGAUUUUUACGUGGAAGUUGUGGAUUUCUAAGAGCCAGUGGUGAUAUGCUGAAAGGGACUAGUUCAGUCACCAGAGAUGUUAGAGUUGGAGUCGCUCAGGCAUAUGUGGUAUUUGUCUCCACGUUAGGAGGACAAUGGCUUGAAAGGAACUUCUCUGCCUUCCUUUCCCAUAUUCUAGAUCUCGUGUCUCAGUUUCACCCUAAGGCUAUUCAGACUCAGAUGGAUGCUAUCUGCUGUCGCCGCUGUAUUUCGUUUAUCCUUCGAGCUACAGUAGGAGGCCUUCUUGGGGAAAAAGCUCAAAUUGCAGCUGCCAAGGAGAUUUGUCAGGCCAUCUGGAAAUUGAAGAAAGUUGUGGAUGCUGCAAUGAGUGACAGUAACUUGGAAACACGAAUUAAUACAACAGAUGUAACAGCAAGUCAGCAUGUACUUGUGUGUACGCUGCAAGAACUUGGAAGUCUUGUCCAUGGCUUAGGAACCACAGCAGCACCGUUACUACAAGAUUCCAGUACAGGAAUUCUGGAAGCAGUAAUUUCUGUCAUUCUUCAUCCCAGCAUUUCAGUUAGACUAACAGCAGCUUGGUGUUUGCGCUGCAUUGCAGUAGCACUGCCAUCCUAUGUGUCCCUACUUUUGGAUCGCUGCAUUGAACGUCUUAGUGUAUUGAAAUCCUCCCCAGAAGCAGUGACUGGUUAUAGUUUUGCUGUUGCUGCUUUGCUGGGUGCAGUAAAACACUGUCCUUUAGGAAUUCCACAUGGAAAAGGGAAGGUAGUCAUGACAGUAGCAGAGGAUUUGCUGUGUUCUGCUUCUCAGAACAGUCGAAUUUCACUGCAGCGAACACAGGCUGGAUGGCUGUUGAUAGCUGCCCUCAUGACAUUAGGUCCUGCAGUUGUCCAACACCAUCUGCCAAGAAUGUUGCUACUGUGGAAGUGCAUCUUUCCAUCAUCUCCUAAAGACCUAGAAACAGAGAAGACUCGAGGAGAUUCAUUUACAUGGCAAGUAACACUGGAAGGCCGUGCUGGUGCUCUCUGUGCUAUCAAAAGCUUUGUUUCCCACUGUGCUGGUCUUCUUACGGAUGAGGUUGUUCAGAGACUUCUUCCUCCUCUCCCAAGUGCUGUUGAUUUAUUGACACAGCUUUCUUCAAUAUAUAAAUUAUAUGGAAAUUCUUUAAAAACACCAUCAACAGUUUACAGACAUAAACUUUAUGAAUUACUGGCAGUAUUACCUCCAAAGACUUAUGAAGGAAGCUUCUCUGCUGUUCUAAAAGAGCUAGUAGCUGACUUAACUGUUCCAGAUAGCCAGAUCGAUGCCUCUACGUUCUUGCUUCCACCUCUUUGUCAUGAGAAUGACCUCCUUUUACUUGGUCCCUUACUGCAGGAGACUGACCACCGAUUUAUUGAAGAGCAGCUCCUCUUAGGUAAUAGUAUAGCUGGAGGCAGCCUGGAGUAUGACCCUUACUCACUUUAUGAGAAAGUUGCAAAAGGUGAUUCGGUGCCUAAACCUCUACCUCCCAUGUUGUCUGUUAUCAGUGCAGCAACACGUCUCUUUGGAGUUAUGUUUUCCCAUGUAGCAGAAUCUCAAAGGCUUCAGGUAUUAGAACAGUUGUUGGAUUCCAUAAAACAAACAAAAGGAUCACGGCAACAAAUAGUACAACUAAAUGUUGUGUCAGCCUUUUCUACUUCCUUAAAGCACUUGGCUAGCUGCAAGGGAACUUUAGGUCCAGAAGAAGUUAGGAGGUCUGCUCUGACAUUAGUAAUGGGUGCCCUGGAAAGCAAUAAUCCGCUCCUAAGAUGUGCUGCUGCAGAGUGUUUGGCCAGGUUGGCACAGGUGGUUUCUGACAGUGCCUUCACUGCUGGAUUAGCACAAGUUAGUUUUGACAAGCUAAAAUCUGCUAGGGAUGUGGUAUCAAGAACAGGUCAUUCUUUGGCUCUGGGAUGUCUGUACAGGUACCUAGGAGGAAUAGGUUCUACUCAGCACCUGAAUGCAUGUAUUGGAAUCCUAUAUACCUUAUCUCAGGACAGUACUUCUCCUGAUGUGCAGGCGUGGGCACUACACUCUCUGUCACUGAUAGUAGAUUUAGCAGGUCCCUUGUUUCACGUGCAUGUGGAACCUACCUUAUCCCUUGUUCUCAUGUUGUUGUUGACUGUACCUCCUGCUUAUGUUGAAGUUCACCAAAGCCUUGGUCGCUGUUUAAAUGCACUUAUUACCACCCUGGGUCCUGAGUUGCAAGGCAGCAGUACAACAGUUUCAGCCUUAAGAACUUCUUGUCUCCUGGGCUGCGCAGUGAUGCAAGAUAAUCCUGACUGCCUUGUUCAGGCUCAAGCCAUCUCUUGCCUUCAGCAGCUUCACAUGUUUGCUCCUCGACACGUCAACUUGUCUAGCCUUGUAAGCUGUUUAUGUGAGAUCUUGUUGGAUAAUUCUGUGUUGGUGAAUCUCUGUAGCUCUUACUUGUUACUGAGACGUGCAGUGGUAGCUUGUUUGCGUCAACUUGUGCAAAGAGAAGCUGCUGAGGUAUCGGAAUAUGCUAUUGCUUUAGUUAAAGAGAGCCGAGAAGAUUUUACUCCAGAUGUUAACAUAAGAGAAAUAGGCCUGGAGGGGGCAUUGCUGGGCUUGCUGGACAAAGAAUUGGAUCAAAGAUUGUGCCAAGAUAUCAGAGAGACUCUGAGUCAUAUGCUUACUUCAAUGGCAGUUGAAAAGCUCUCUUUUUGGCUGAAGCUGUGUAAAGAUGUUCUUGCUGCAUCAGCCGAGUUCAAUACAGUAGCUUCAGUAGACACUACUCAAGAAGAGGAGACUGCUAAAGCAGAUGAUGCAUCUGUAUUAACCUCUGCAAGUGAUGAAAGGUCCCACCCUUUCAGUAAUCCACGUUGGUCUACAAGGGUUUUUGCUGCAGAGUGUGUUUGUAAAAUUAUCAGCCAGUGUGAAAAUGCAGACAGUGCACAUUUUGACAUAACUUUGGCUCAGGAAAGAAAACAACGUGAUUCAAGAGAUGACUUUUUGGUAUUGCAUUUAGCUGACUUGAUACGUAUGGCUUUUAUGGCUGGCACAGAUCACAGUGAUCAGCUCCGUCUUUCUGGGCUUCAAACAUUGCUAAUUGUUGUUCGGAAGUUUGCAGCUGUUCCAGAACCUGAGUUUCCAGGUCAUGUAAUUCUAGAGCAAUAUCAAGCCAAUGUUGGAGCAGCACUUAGGCCUGCCUUUGCUCCAGAAACCCCUCCUGAUGUCACAGCAAAAGCAUGUCAGGUGUGUAGUGCCUGGAUAGCAAGUGGUGUAGUAAGUGACCUUAAUGACCUCCGAAGGGUUCACCAGUUGCUAGUAUCCUCUUUGGUCAAAGCACAGGCUGGGAAAGAAGCACAAAGUCAACAAUAUAAUGAAAGCACAUCAACUAUGGAGAUACUGGCUGUGCUUAAGGCUUGGGCAGAGGUUUACAUCGUUGCAGUUGAAAAGCAAAAAAAUCGAAGUGAUGCACACAAUCACUCGUUGAAAAUUGCAAACUCUACAGAAGAAAGCUACGGAGAUAUAGCGUCUUCAGGCAGUGGACUCCUAGACUUAGUUCAAGCAGAUCUUGGAACUCUGAGCAAGCUGUGGCUUGCUGCACUUCAGGAUUUUGCUCUCUUAACUUUGCCUUCAGAAUAUGCAUCUCAAUUACCUGCUGAAGGUGGUACGUUUUAUACAGCAGAGACAAUCGAAAAUGCCAGACCUCAUUACUACAACUCCUGGGCACUAAUACUUUAUGCUGCAGCAUUAUGGCUUACUAGCACAGGUUUCGUCGUUGUUGAUCCGGAUGAAGGAGUUACUAAUCUCUCUAGACCUGUCACCCCAACGACAAUGUGUCAAGAUUCUUCUUCCAGGCCCUUGGUGAAAUCUCCUGAGGAUGUGAAUACUGACAGAUUUCAUCUUAUCUUGGGAAUUAGCGUGGAAUUUCUUUGCUCUCCUCGAUCAGAUGCAGCAAUGGAGAACAUUAUCGCCUGCUUACGUGCUCUACAAGCACUCUUUGACGUUCCAUGGCCGAGGUCUAAAAUAGGCGCUGAUCAGGAGCUGGGCGUAGAGCUGUUGAAUGUUUUGCAUCGACUGAUACUGACCAGAGAAUCACCUGAUAUUCAGCUCGCUGCCCUUGAAGUGGUUCGGCUAAUUCUUUUUGCAGCUCAGGAACAUGUGAAAGAAAAACGCAGAAGUGCAGAAGUUGAUGAUGGUGCUGCAGAAAAAGAAACAUUACCAGAAUUUGGAGAAGGCAAAGAUACAGGAGGACUGGUGCCUGGGAAAUCAUUAGUCUUCGCAACGCUAGAGUUGUGUGUGUGUAUUCUUGUCAGACAGCUUCCCCAGCUCAACCCUAAAUUAACUUAUAGCCCAGCAGUUCAAUCUGGAAAACGUCUAUUAUUGUCAGAGGAUGGAAGUAGACUGGUAUCAGCAGCAUUAGUUAUUCUCUCUGAUGUUCCUGCAAUCUGUUCUCCUGAAGGAAGCGUUUCAGUUCUUCCUACUAUCUUGUACCUAAUUAUUGGAGUACUCAAAGAAACUGCUGUGAAAUUGCGAGAUGGCCAGGUACCUUUGACAGUUGCUGCAUCUCUACAAGCUCUUAAAGGGCUCUUGUCUUCUCCGAUGGCUAGAGCAGAGAAGAGUCGAGCUGCUUGGACUGAUCUUCUGCGUAGUGCUUUGGUCACAGUGCUUGACUGUUGGGAUCAAGCAGAUGGGCUUCUCCAAGAACUUGAUGAAGUUAGCCUGCUUACUGCUGUUACAGUAUUUAUUAUGUCUACCAGUCCAGAAGUUACAACUAUACAGUGCCUUCAAAAGCGUUGUAUUGAGAAGUUUAAAUUAACGCUUGACUCAAAAGAUCCUGUUGUACAGCAUAAAUGCUACCAGCUGCUGCACUCCAUCUUUCAGCACCCAAACAAGACUGUGUCAUAUCCUUAUAUUCAUUCUUUAGCAUCAUCCAUUGUGGGAAAACUGCAGGAAACAGAAAAAGUAAAACCUGAGAAUGCUGCCGAACUUCAAGUCAUUCAGGAAGGAAUAAAGGUGGUAAUAGCUCUUACAGCUACAGCUGAGGAAGAGCACCGUGCCCAUUUGGUCGCCUGCCUUCUUCCCAUCCUUAUUUCCUUUCUUUUGGAUGAAAAUGCCCUGGUUUCUGCUACAAACUCGGCAAAAAACCUACAUGAGUUUGCUUUGCAAAAUCUGAUGCAGAUUGGUCCACAGUACUCAUCAGUUUUUAAAAAACUAAUAGCUUCCUCUCCAACUAUGAAAGCCAGGCUUGAAUCAGCUGUAAAAGGCAAUCAAGAAAGUAUCAAAGUGAAGACUGCUAAACAUACCAAGAAUCCUGGGAAAAGUUCAAGCAUUCAGCUAAAGACCAACUUCCUUUAACGUCUCUUACUAUGAUUGUAUGCACUUUGACAGCAAAAAAUGUCCCUGUUAAUUUCUAAUCAGAGUAGAAAGAGUGGAUCUCAUAUAUAAUAAAGUUUGCAUUGAAUCAUCAUAGGAAGUUUUUAAGAGAAAGCAAAUCUCUAGAUAACUUUGUUAGUGUAAUAUACUUAAAACAUUUUUGAACACUAUGAAUAAAAUCUGUCAGAGGUCAUCUAAUCUGUAUUUUUGGAUAAUUUUGUAUUAAAAUACCGGAAAUGCACAUGUGUGUAUUAAAAAACUAUAAUAAUGAUAGAUAAAUUUAGGAGCAGCCCACACUUGGUCACUAAGUACAUUUAUUUUGUUUUAAAUCAGCGUUUAUCAAAAAUAAGUUACUCUGGAUUUUGGAUCUCACUGGGAUAUAAAUUUACUUGCAGAUUGUGAUCUAUCCUAAUUAAUAAGUUGACGUACUGCAUCGUUAAGUAAAUAGAUUAAAUAAGCCUUACUAUGAAUUAUGGUUGAUCUCAAAACAAUUCAACUCAAUAGAGAUAAUAUUGAUAGCUUUAAUUGCAAUAACUUUUUGAGCUGGCCAAGAUUUAACAAAUGCUGUUAAAUAUAACUUUGUAGUGCUUCUUCAGUGAGGCCCCAGUAGUGCUUUAUACAGUGGGACUAUUAUGCUUAUGUAAGUAUUUGCAGGCUUGGUGCCUUGCUGCUUGACAUAGUCUCACUUUUCAGGAUGUAUACUUGCGUUAACUUUGUAUUAUGUUAUCCAGGCAAUUGAAGCUUACGUAUCUUGUCCAAGAUAGGACAGCAGUUUUAAUACACUGUGCCUCUGAUUCAGACGUCUAUUCUAUCUGGAUGUAUGUUUCCCGAUCUUUAGAUGAUCACUUAUCUAUACACGUAACUCUCCUUAAUAUACAUAUCUCUACAAUGAGAGAUGGAAAUAUUUGAAGUCUGCUUGUCUUAUGUUAAAUAAAGUACAACAAACUCGUAUUAAGGAGUAUUAAUUUACCAUUUUUAUCAAGGAGCGUUUUAAUAUAGAAAAAUAACUAGUAAAAUUGCAAUGGCUAUAAAGUAUUUUCUACAUAGAGCGUACUGACUUCUUUCUUAAUACCAGUAUUACCUAAACCAAACACUAUCAAACUGAAGAUAGUAUUUCCUUGUUGAAACUGAGUAGGUGGAAAAAAAGCAUUUGCAGAACUGAGAAACACACUGUGACUCAGGAAGUGUGAUGUACUGUAUUUUAUUAUAAGCUUUGUAUAUAAAUAUAAUUGUAAAUUGUACAGAAUUAACCCUCUGACCAAAGUUCUAACAAUUCCUUUUUCUAA